AUUUUUUUUUACUAGUAGUUUAGAAAAUUACUCCAUAUUCUGAUUCUUAGUUGUUGCCAUGUGACCAGGAGGUCACGGAUUCAGUCUUGGAAACAGUCUCCGGCAAAAAUGCAAGGUAAGGCUGCGUACAAUAGACCAUUGUGGUCGCGAGAGCUUUAGUGCAUCGACCUUUAUUCUGAUUCUUAGCCUAGCAUGAUCUUGUAAGUACAUUGUUUCUCUACUUCAAAUUUCUGAAGGAAUCCUUGAUGCAUCACUCUUUUCCAUUUUCAAAUGGUUAUUAUUACUAGUUUUUAUAGCUAGAAGUGAGUGCAGGGCAGGGGGGACCAACUACAUGUCACAACUAUGUUCACUUUUUCUUUUUUGGCUAUCUAUCUCCAUUGUAGACUGACUGAAAUAUAUUGAUAUAUAUCAACAAAAAUACAAAUAAGGGGCUAAAGGCACCCUGUACCUAUCUACCUGGAUGGAACACAGUCCGUCCUAUACAAGAUUGCAGGAAUUCUCAGUAACUCCCAAAAAUAUCUAAGAUAAGAGGAUGAACUAAUCCUCUUCUACAUCAAAAGGCAGUUUCAAGGCAUAUCAAAGAGAGAGUUCAUAUGGUGCAGAUGGAAUAUAUGUCUGUUUAUGAAGAUCACAUGGAUCUUCUUAGGGCAGGGAUUGUUGGAGCAUAUGGGACCCCGUACCAAGAUGGGUUAUUUUUCUUUGACUUCCGCCGUCCACCUGAGUACCCUGAUGUUCCACCGAUUCAAGCAACACCAGUGAAGAGGCUAUGCAAAACACAAAACAGCAUUACGGUGAAUGGACAUUUUCCUGGACCAACAUUGGAAGUAAACAACGGGGAUACUCUGGUGGUUAACGUUGUGAAUAAAGCUCAAUACAAUGUAACCAUUCACUGGCACGGGGUUAGGCAAAUAAGAACAGGAUGGGCAGAUGGACCAGAAUUUAUCACUCAGUGCCCGAUUAGACCAGGAAAGAGUUACACUUACCGGUUUACCAUUCAAGGACAGGAAGGGACUCUUUGGUGGCACGCCCACAGCUCAUGGCUUAGGGCUACUGUUUAUGGAGCUCUAAUUAUUCACCCAAAAGAAGGAGAAAACUAUCCAUUUCCUAAGCCCAAAAGAGAAACACCUAUUCUGCUUGGUGAGUGGUGGAAUACAAAUCCGAUUGACGUUGUAAGACAAGCUACAAGAACAGGAGCAGCUCCUAAUGUAUCAGAUGCUUACACCAUCAAUGGUCAACCAGGUGACCUCUACAAGUGUUCCAGUCAAGAUACCACCAUAGUCCAUAUGGACUCGGGAGAAACCAACCUCCUUCGAGUUAUUAAUGCUGGACUGAACCAGCAGCUUUUCUUUACUGUGGCAAACCACAAGCUUACUGUUGUUGGAGCAGAUGCCUCUUAUGUUAAACCCUUCACAACAUCAGUCCUUAUGCUGGGACCAGGACAGACAACUGAUGUCCUGAUCAAAGCUGAUCAGCCACCACGCAGAUACUACAUGGCAGCACGUGCCUAUGCUAGUGCUCAAGGCGCCCCCUUUGAUAAUACCACAACCACAGCCAUCCUCGAGUACAAGACAGCUUCUUGUUCUUCCAAUUGUAACAAAAACAAUCCAGUUUUUCCAUCUUUACCAGCAUAUAAUGACACAGCCACUGCUACAGCCUUCACAACCAAAUUCAGAAGCCCAAGAAAGGUCGAGGUGCCGACUGAAAUUGAUGAGAAUCUAUUCUUCACAGUUGGGCUGGGACUCGAGAACUGCCCAACAGGUGCAAGCUCCAGUAACUGUCAAGGUCCAAAUGGAACUCGAUUCGCUUCCAGUAUGAAUAAUGUAUCUUUUGUGCUACCAUCCAACUUUUCCCUUCUACAAGCACAUCACCAACGCAUACCUGGUGUUUUCUCAACUGAUUUCCCAGGUGUUCCACCUAUAAAAUUUGAUUAUACUGGCAACGUAAGCCGGUCUUUAUGGCAACCUAUUCGAGGAACUAAGCUGUACAAGCUGAAAUAUGGGGCAAGAGUGCAAGUUGUGUUACAGGGGACCAGUAUCUUCACAGCUGAGAACCACCCAAUUCAUCUUCACGGAUAUGAUUUCUACAUCAUUGCAGAGGGCUUCGGUAACUUUAAUCCAAAAACAGAUACAUCUAAAUUCAAUCUUGUUGAUCCACCUCUCAGAAAUACAGCAAGUGUACCUGUUAACGGAUGGACAGUCAUUAGAUUUGUCGCUGACAAUCCAGGAGUGUGGCUAAUGCACUGUCACUUGGAUGUUCACAUUACAUGGGGUUUGGCCAUGGCGUUCCUCGUGGAAAACGGAGUCAGUGAAUUGGAAUCAUUGGAAGCUCCUCCAAUAGAUCUUCCCGUCUGUUGACGACUACAACAAACAACAUUAUAGAGAAUCAAUUUUGAUGAUUUAGCCAAAGGAGGUCUAAAUGUUCCCUGUAUUUGGGGCUAGUUCUUUGUUUUGCUGUUCUGCUUAAUUUUUUUGAUAGACGACUCUGUCAACAUGCUGCCAAUACACACAAAUCAAUUCACCAUC